GGAAGAUGGCGGCUGCCGUGGCGGGCCCACGUGGAUGCGGCGCUGCGGUGGGCGAGGAGGCGGACAGCGAUUCUGAGUUAAGCUCAGGACUUCCAGAAGAUAGCUACUCUUCAGGAGGUGAAGCCCUGGAUGGUGAUGAUGAAGAUGAAACAGCAGCCCUUGGUGAUGUGGUUGAAAAGGCAACAAGCUCCAAAGCUGGCCCAGGUGCAGGCUGGGCAGAUGCCAUGGCAAAAGUGCUCAACAAAAAGAUUCCGCAAAAUAAGUCCACCAUCUUGGCCAAGAAUAAAAAACUGGAGGAGGAGAGAGAAAAGGAAAAACAAGAAAGGCUGGAGAAGAGAAUGAAGCUUGAUAAAAAGCGGGAGUGGGAAAUGAUGUGCCGAGUGAAGCCAGAUGUUGUCAAAGACCGAGACAGAGAAAGAAAUCUUCAGAGAAUUGCCACGAGAGGUGUUGUACAAUUAUUUAAUGCUGUCAGGACACACCAAAAGAAUGUUGAUGAGAAGGUGAAGAAAGCUGGGAGCUCUGACAGGCAGCGUGCUAAACUACUGUCAUCUGUGUCAAAGAAAGAUUUCAUCAGUGUUUUAAGAAACAUGGAGGGUGCUAAAGGAAGGAAGAAUCCUGCUGGAAAGGCCACAAAAAGUAAACAGGGUGAAGUGAAGUCCGAGGAGGGGCCAGAAUGGAAUAUACUGCGUGAUGACUUCAUGAUGGGAGCAUCUAUGAAAGACUGGGACAAGGAAAGCGAUGGAGAGGGCAAUACUGAACAAGGAGGUGGUCUGAAACAAGAAGAUGACAGUGACUGAAUGAAACUGAAAACCAUUCAAGAUAAUGUUUUAUCUUCUUAGCUUUGUUUGGAUAAAAACUCAGCAUUCUGUGAAUGUACAACACUUGGAGGAUAUCUCUUUUUUUUUUUUUUUUUUUUUAAAAAGACUUGCACAACUUUGGAGUGUUUUCUCCUCCAUGUCAAACUUUUAUUAAAUAUAGCUUCAUUUGCUAUAUUGAAAUCCUGAAAUAUUUUCCAAAACAUGUAUAAUUUUCAACAUAUUUCCAAAACAUUUUGUACAGUCAAAAUAGUGGCACCUGCCCAAUGAAAGAAAGAUUUUGCCAAGGUCAUUAAAAGUUUAUACAUUAGUCAUGGCAAUUGAUGUAUUAAUGUGCCUGCAUUUCCAAAUCAGUGUUGCACUUUGAAAAGUUGUUAGCGAUUCGCAGUAGAAAUGGCUUACAAUAAACACAGAAAUGCCGUCACCUUGUAAAGUUAUCGGACUCCUAUAGAGUCUUUACUACUUUGGCCAGAAAAGGUUUUGUAGAUAAUAAAGAAAAGUAACCAUUAAUGUGAUAGUUCUGGUCUUGGAGGAUUAGUUUGAUUGGAGACAACUUUGGAAACAUAACUAUAAAAAGAGAGACUUGACCCUACUGAUUGGCUUUUAUAUUUUUAUAUAUAUUUAUAUGUACAUAUGUAUUUUUUCUGCAGUGCAAGUCUUAAAUUGUAUAAGUUAAGAUACUGGUAAGAGAGGAAAGGACAGUCAUUGCUAUUGUUUUUGUUGGGGGAAGGAGGGCUUUUCUAGCAAUACUGCAUAAAAUUAUAUGCAGUGUUGUUUCAUUUGCAGUUCUGGUGUUCUGGCCUUUUUCAGUAAGGAGCCGGACCUCUGAGAUACAUCCUGUGGGUUUAGUCAGCUAUAAUGCUAAUUCCUCAGGUCUGUAAAGGGUCAGACAAAAGCCUUUCCUCUUAGGUGCAUGCUGGAACAGUACCAAAUUUUGGAAGAUGUCUGUCAGCAUAACACUGUUGGCUUUGUUUAAGCUACAGCAAUUUCUCCUAAUUAGUUGUUUGGUUGCAAAGGUGCAGAAGCUAACAUACAUGGUAAGAAUAUAUUCUAUAUAAGCAUAUGCAUACAGAAGGAAGUACAUUGUGAUUAAGGUGUUCUAAAUGAGAGGCUGGGGCUGAAUUCUGCUUCCUUCACUGUUUCAGACUGGCUGUCUAAUGCUGUGUCAUUUGUUUAACUUUGCUGUUGCAUUUAUCCAUUUGCUAUGUGAAGAAAAUGCUUUGGGGCCUAUUAAUUGAAACUUAAAAUACAUAGUACUAUUCUGUCUUACGUACAAACAUUUCUUUGUACCUGCUUAUACGCAAGAUAGGAUUAGGAGUGACUUUCAGGUUUUCAGUCUUCAGCAUUGAAAUGUGUGGUAGGACAGUGGAUUCAGAUUUUUGUAACGAAGGCAUUGAGGAGGGGAGGGGGUUUGAACUUUGUGUGUGCUGCAGGAUAAAAAAUACACAUACAAAAUGGCAGAGAAACCCAUCCUAACAACUG